GGCGACCAUUCCUCAAACCAAAGAUAGUAGUACUAAGUAUUUGUGAAUGGUGUUCAAUUGCAUCAAUUGAUUGAGUAGUAUUAAAUUGCAUAUACAUAUUAACAUAAAGAACCAAUAGAGGAACAAAAAGAAGUAUCCCAUAGUUUAAACAAUAAUACACCACGAUGAAUACAAUCUCACAAAGAUUCACCCAUGCCAAUACCAAUGACGUUGCAAAUGAAAUCAACACCGUCCACGAUUCUCUUUCCCACAAGCAAACCCUUGAAUUAGCACCAUCAAUCUCUGUGCCUCCAAUUUCCCAACCAACCGAUUUCUUGCGAGCACACACUGACGAUGCUUCCAAUCCAGAUUGUAAAAUCAAGAUUGCCCACGGUACAACCACAUUAGCGUUUAGAUUCCAAGGUGGGAUUAUAGUUGCGGUUGAUUCCCGUGCUACUGCCGGUAAUUGGAUCGCCUCUCAGACGGUUAACAAGGUCAUUAGAAUCAAUCCUUUCUUGUUGGGUACCAUGGCUGGUGGUGCUGCCGAUUGUCAAUAUUGGGAAACUUGGUUAGGUACCCAAUGCAGAUUACACGAAUUGAGAGAAAAGGAAAGAAUCUCGGUUGCUGCUGCCUCCAAGAUCUUGAGUAAUUUGGUGUACGAAUACAAGGGAAUGGGAUUAAGUAUGGGUACCAUGGUUUGUGGUCAUACCAAGAAGGAAGGGCCUGCUAUAUAUUAUGUUGAUUCUGACGGAACCAGACUAAAGGGAGACUUGUUUUGUGUUGGUUCUGGUCAAACAUUUGCCUAUGGUGUUUUAGAUUCAGAAUACAAGUGGGAUUUAACUGUGGAAGAAGCUUUGUAUUUGGGUAAGAGAAGUAUAUUAGCAGCCACUCACAGAGAUGCUUAUUCUGGUGGAUCCAUUAACUUGUACCAUAUUAAUGAACAAGGUUGGACUUAUCAUGGUAAUCAUAAUGUUGGUGAUGUCUUCUGGGAUAUUAGAGAUCAAGAGCAAUCCUUUGUGAAUGUUGAUGGUUAGACAUAUAAACUAGUUUAUAGUCGAAAGUAGCGAAAAUGC